AUGCAGAUAGUUCCCUAUCAGGGGGCGAGAGAGAUAAAUACCUGGACGGUUCGCCGAUCCCCCGGCCUGUGUUUCUUUUUCCCUCUCUCUCUCUCUCUCUCUCUCUCUCUCUCUUUCUUUCAGACGUUUGCAUUCAAAUAUAACCUACUUAUCCUGGGAUUUUGUUGGAAUUGGGCCAUUCUUGCUGGUUGGUUGGUAUUGAUCAUGCGGACUGAUGAAGAAAAGGCCUCGAAGGGCGGCGCCGCGGACCAUGUCGAUGAUUUGAAGCAGGUUACUACCGCUGACGUCGAUGAUGAUGAAGAGUUCUCGCGCCAGGAACAGCGCAAGAUCGUCCACCGCAUCGAUGCGCGGCUGGUUGUCAUUUGUGGUGUGGGAUACCUCGUCAGCUUGAUGGACAGGACGAACACCUCGGUUGCUGCCAUUGCUGGCAUGACCAAAGAUCUGGGUCUAAAGAUAGGAUUUAGAUACUCAAUUAUCGUCCUGCUGUUCUUCGGGUUUGGCUUUGUCAAGGACUGGCAGCAGAUGGCCGGCCUGCGAGCAUUGCUAGGUUUCCUCGAAGCUGGAUUCUUCCCGGGAACAGUAUACCUCCUGUCCACCUGGUACUGCCGACAUGAGGUCCAGAAGCGUUACUCGGUCUUCUACAUCAUCGGUGCAGUCGCCGGUUCUCUCUCCGGCAUCCUUGCAUUCGGCCUCAGCCAGAUGGAAGGUCUCCAGGGCAUCCGUGGCUGGAGAUGGAUCUUCAUCAUAGAGGGAGUGAUAUCCAUCCUCGUGGCUUUCCUCAGCUACAUCUUCCUCAUUGAUUUCCCGGACCGAGCCUCCGGAGCAUGGGGAUUCCUAAACGAAAAGGAACUCGCCUUCGUCGUGAGACGAGUCAACCGUGACAGAGGAGACGUGCACGUCGAGCCCUUUACCCUAGGCAGAUUCCUCCGUCCAGCCCUCGACCUGAAGAUAUGGGGUUUCGCCUUGAUCUUCUUCUGCUCUACCACUGUAACAUACGCCAUAGCAUACUUCCUGCCCAUCAUCCUAGUGGACGGACUAGGCUUUGGCGUUGGCGAGUCCCAAUGUCUAAUUGCGCCUCCCUACGCCUUCGCCGCCAUAGUAAUGUACACCUCUGCCUACGUCGCGGAUAAAUACCGUAUCCGCGCACCCGUCAUUGCAUUCAACUCGCUCAUUACGCUCAUCGGGCUGCCCAUGGUGGGAUUCGGCAAGGGCAGCGCCCUCCGCUACACCGGGGCCAAUAACAUCCGUGGCCAGUGGACCAGAGCCCUGGCCAGCGCUACUCUCGUUGGCUUUGGAGGUAUCGGGGGCAUCGCGGGCAGUCUGGUAUUUAGAUCCCAGGAUGCGCCGGCAUAUAUACCCGGUAUCUGGGCUGCAAUCACGUCGCAGCUUGUUCUUCUCUUGACUGCAGCGGUGAUGAGCUGGUAUUUCUGGAGAUCCAACAAGAAGGCUGACAGGGGAGAGCUUGUCAUCGAGGGGUCGGAGUCUUUCCGUUAUACUAUUUAA